CUGCUCUUCCUAUUGCCAAACCCAGGGCCCUUUACAGCAGCCAAAGCGCGUUUCCAGCUCAAUCCCACUCCACCAUCUCCCACCAAGGGCUCCAGCAAGGAGGAGCUGGCCAAGGGUCGACAACCAUCAGUGUCCCCUGGACAGGACUGAGCUGGGGGCCAUGGCCGAGCGCCGGGCAGGCACCAAGAGCCGGCGCUUGGGCUCCAGCCGACGCAAGGGCUUUGGUGAGGCACCCGCAGCAGCCCCCAGCCCCGGCAAGGAGCCAUCAUGGGCAGCUGAAAUAGUGCAGAGGGUGCAGGAGCUCCUCAGGGAGCAGGACAAGGACCAGGAGGGGUUCGUCACCCGCUCGGCCAUACAGAGAUUACAGGAGGAAGAUCUCCCAUGCAGCACGGAGGAGUUGGAGCUCGUCUUCAAUGGGCUGGAUGCAGCCGGCGCCGGGCGGUUGAGAACUGAGGAAUUCACUUUUGGACUCUGGCAGUUCCUGAGCUCCCAGAAGGCUGCCAGGGACCAUCGCCGGCAGAAAACAGCAUCGCGGAGGAUCCCCUUGGUCCUUCCCAGCCCGGCGCUGGAGGAGGUGGACAGUGAGGAGCAGAGGCAGUUCUCUGCCUUUAUGGACCAGUUGGGCACGGACAACAUCUCUGAGGAACAGGAGAUCUGGGAGCUCUGGCGGAAGCUCCGGCAGGAUGAAUCCCAGCUCCUGGACACUCAGGAGGACUUUGUGGCCAAGGUGAGGCACCGCAUCCAGGAAGUGAGGAACAAGAAGGAGGCUUUGGAGGAGACCCUGAACAAACGCGUGGCCGAGCACGGCAGGGAGGUGCAGCGGCUCUGCGGGGCUCUGGAGCAGCGGAUCCAGGUGGAGCAGCAGCGGCUGGAGCAGGAGAGCGUGGCCCCGAGCCCCCAGCGUGCGGCGGAGCUCCAGCGAAUGCUGGAUGCCGGUGAGAAGGAGGUGCAGCGCCUGGUCACAGCGCAGCUGGAGCUGGAGACACGGUGCCACAGCCUCCGCAGCAUGCAGGAAGCUGCCAGCACCGAGAACCGGCAGCUUGAGGAGAGCAAGCGGGCGCUGGAGCAGCACCUUCAGCACCUCCACCAGCAGCUCCAGCAGACCCACGGGCGCCUGCGGGCAGUGAGGGCUGCGGUGGCUUGGGAGCACGUGGAGGAGCCGGGGGGCAGAGCAGUGGCAGAGCUGCCCAGCGAGACACCCGUGUCCCCAAAGAUGGGUCGGGAGCAGAGCAAGAAGUACCGCUCCAAGACGCAGACGAGGGUGGGGUCCCAGAGCAGCGAGCCCAAAGCCAAGAGCACCCACCAAGUGGUUUGGGAAAUGCUGCCUGCAGAAGUAAGCCUUUUGGGAGCCCCGCAGGGAGCGAGCUCUGUGGAAGAGGACCCCUGCCCAGAAUCUCUGAAAGAGGAAUGGUUCUCUGUCCAGAGCUCUUUGCUAAGAGAGGUGGAUGAUGCAACAGCAGCUCUGAGCAAACAGCUGAAGCCACAGGCACCAGGUGCACCCCCUGCUCCAGCAAACACUGCACAUCACCCCCAGGAUGAUGCUGAGCACCAAAUGGGGCGGGAGGAAGGCACAGCACAUGGAACAACCCCCAGGGUGCAACAGGAGACCCUCUCUGGUCAUACUGGUCACAAGCUGUUUGAAGGAGACAUGGAAGAAGGACCAGGCACAGCUCCAGAUGUGCCACAGGCUGAUGUGUGGCCGUUAGGUGCUUCAGGACAGGCAGCCCAAAGCGAGCUCCAGGAGCAGGUCUCAGCAGAGGCAGAGAAGCCACCACACGCGAUGGAAACAGAGAAAGCAGCUGCUGGACCUGCUGAGCUUCCAAAACAAGAAGUGGCACCAGCAUCGCCCCUUCACACAAGGGUCCUACAGGAGGAAGAUGCUGGGAAUGAUCAGCUGGGGACAGUUCUUGGAGGCAGCUCACUGGGGGAUGCAGCCAGCACGCAGCCUCAAAGGCAGUCGUUGGGAGAACAGAGCAAAGACCUCGAUGUUGAUCGAUGGAAGAAGCAGGAGGUUGGAAGGAAAAUGAGCCAGGAAGGAGAGCCAAGUCCAGGGGAGCCAGGGACUGUCACUGCAGAUGGGGCAGGAGCUGCCCCAAGGGGUUCUCCUAAAGCCCCCCUGGACCCAGAUCACCUCUACAAUGUGCUGUUUGUCGGGGACUCCCAUGUGGGCAAAACAUCGUUCCUGUACCGGCUGCAUGCUGACACCUUCAACCCGCACCUCACCGCCACCGUAGGACUGGAUUAUCAGGUGAAAAGCUUUGUCGUGGACAACAAGUGCUUUGCUCUCCGCCUGUGGGACUCAGCUGGUCAAGAAAGGUACCACAGCAUCACCAAGCAGUUCUUCCGGAAGGCGGAUGGGGUUGUGCUGAUGUACGAUAUCACAUCCGAGUAUUCCUUCUUGGACGUGCAGUACUGGCUGAGCUGCAUCCAGGAAGGAGCAGAAGAUGGAGUCGCUAUUCUGCUUCUUGGGAACAAAACUGACUGUGCUGCAGAGAGACAGGUCCCUAUGGAGCAGGGGGAACGCCUGGCCAAGGAGCAUCAGCUCAUGUUUUACGAAUGCAGUGCUGCCUCGGGCCACAACAUCUCCGAGUCCAUGGUCAGCUUGAUCAGGUUGCUCAAAGUGAAUGAGGAUAAACUGAAAAAUAAGGCAGAAGAGGUACCAAAGCUACCUCAGAAGAAAAAGAGCUGCUGCUGGUGAUGGAGAGACCCCCCCAUGUGAUCUGAAACUGCAGUGACAGACAGAAAAGCACAAAAAUAGCCUUCAGACACCAUCUCUGCUCCCCAUGUGUCUGCCUGGCCCCAUGUCCCUCAGAUGCUGAGAGCAAAAGUCGCUGUGGAGGAGUGGCUGUUACCCAGCCCCUUCUCUGCUCAUCUCCUGCCACCAUCCCAGAGGACAGGAGCCCUUGUAAAUACUUGUUGGGAAACUUUACUGCUUUCUUUUGAAGACAUAAAAUGGGCUAUGGAAAGAGGCAGAAUAGGAAAUUAGACAGAUCUGAGAUGCUGGAAUGAUAUUGGAAGCAGCAGGGAGCAAAACCGAGUCGUGGGAUGGAAGACAUGAAUACCAGGAGUCACCAAAGGCUGGUGUGUAAAACAGGGGGUUUAGGGCUGUUGGUGCUGCUGUGUGGUGGUGUCUUUUGCUCUGGCUUUGCAAUCUGAUCUGGAACAAUGAAAUAUGGAAUAUAUCCUAAAUGCACUUUUAACUCCCUGCAGUUAGGCAAGGUAAAGUUAAGUUUUUCUCUUUCCUGGUUUAUUGUGCCAGUUAGCAGCAAUGGGUCUUGACAGAAAACUGCUAAAAACUGCUUAAAACAAAUGUAAAACCUCCAAAACCACAUCCAGGAUAAUAAAAAGAGCACUGGGGUGGUGGGAUGUGGGAGCAGGUAAAUGCUUGCAGGAGCUCUUUUCAUUGCUUUGCCCCCAGAGCAGGUAUUUGCACUAUUGCAGAUCUCAGGGUGAGGAGGGCAGAGCAAGCUGCUGCACCCUGCCCUUCUGCACUGAGGUGGCUGCUGUAUGAAGUACUGAAUUGGGGUCAAAAAGAAAACCCAGUGCGAAAAACCUAAACAAGCACAUUUCAAGGGGGUUUUAAUUAUUUUUUUUUCUACAGCUUCAUGCAGAGAACUGUAUUUUUUGCAGAGAAAGACAUAGAGACUGAAUAAAUAAAAUGACAAUUGUUGUGUUUUAAUGGUUUUCUGUGUUACAGGUGUUGCCUUGUCCUCCAGCAAGGAGAGGUAUUUAAAGACCAUGCUUUCAUGCAGAUUUGGGGGAAAAUAGUUCUGCUCAGAUGGGUUUGCCUUUCGUUGACAUUAUUAUCUAUAUAUACAUUAUGGCAGAGCAGAAUAGCAGCCAGUUUCUGCUUUAUAACAAUACAGUGACAAGAAGCGUUGGUUUCCUAAUAACACUAUAUGCUAAAGAAAAGGAUAUCAUUCUGCAUGUUUCUGACUGUUAUAGCCCAGCUUUCCCAGGAAACAAGGCUUAGGAGCUCCUGCUGCCCGUGUAUGUGUACCUGUUGGUACAAAAGUCCCUGGUGAGGAGCAAUUGCAAAGCUCUGAGAUGCUGUGACUUGUGUGAAUAAAGGCCUGAGUAACUGAGA